AUGGCCAUGCGCACAAUUGAAGGUGCCAGCUCGACUGGCACCCAAUGUAUAUUUCGGGAACAGGUCAUACUGAGGGCGAGGGUUGUGAGCAUAUAUUCUCUGCAUCUAACGAGCUUGCCCGUAGCACAAGGCAUGCUAACCAUUUUCAUCGCCACCAAGCCAUCAAAGAACAUUUUGCAUUUUGGGAUGCUGAUAACGUUGAAAUCGGUUCAGUUGUUGACAGCUGAGCUAGAGACUAUCAAGGCUGAGCUACGCCUCAGCGACAACAACUUCCCAAGAUUCUUCGAUCAGGAACACAUAUAUCUGGAUAGUCUGAAGCGGCCAGCUCCACGAGAUCAGCUCUCUAUACAUUAUGUUGAGGUGUCGGCUGAAUGGGAUCUCGCCUUUGAAUCUGGCAAUAAUGCCCUUAUGGGAGUACAUGCUGGCAGUUUGGAACAAAUGGGUGCUGUGCUCAAGCAAGCCCGCAUCCAAGUUGAUUCUUCCUAUGCCAAAUUACAGCAUGCCGAGGUGCUUGUUGCUUAUUGCAAAGGUGUCUUAUCUGUUUAUGAGAGAUGGGUGAUUGGCGGGGAGGAAUACAACCGUUUCAAGGAGGAAGCAACACUCAGCAAGUAUUGUGCUGCAUUAGAUGAGCUCGAACAUUUGGUUGUUAUGAGAUUAUUCAAGCUAUCAAAGCUCUUGUUAUCAGGCACAGGUUUGAGUGUUCCGCUACUAGAUUGGGCAAGGCCAGCUCACCGUGAGGCAACUACGAAGUACUUUAGGCUCUGCCGAGCUCAUGAAGAAAUCAUUCAACUCAAUAUUGAAAUUCACUGGCUCCGAACUGCUAUCCACGAUGAAGCCACAGAGAUUGUAGAUCUUCAAUGGCACAUCAUCACACUAAUCCCUACCACAGCACAACCAGACCCUGAUGCUCUUGACCAUGAAGAACACAAAGUGAUCACCGAGAACAUGGCCGAUUGUUUACAUUCAAUAAAUGACUGA